AUGGUUCGCGCCCGCCUUGGCGACAUCCAGUUUUUCGUUUAUGACGCCCGGCGAGGGGCACGAGAAUCCACGGAGCUCGAGAAGCUGCUGGCCGUGUACCCCAGCGUGCCGGACCCCACGGAUCUGCUGUGGGCUGCCUCGGACUGGACCCGGACAGAGACCCAGAGGAGCGUCUGGCUGAGCGUCCAAGCGCAGCCCAGCAUCAGCCUUGGCCUGGCACUGGCCAAGUCUGCGAUCCCCCGACAUGCCACCGAGGACGGGGUGCAGGCCAUCCUGGUGCUCCUGCGCUCGCUGGUGGCUACCCUGCAUGGAGGGGUGCAGGCCCUGCUCGACGAGGCGAGUGGAGUGCUGGCGGUCCGUUUGACCCCAGCGGGGCUUCGGCCGGCGCCAGGCUGA